AUGGCACCACAGGAUUCUUUCAUAGAGGAAGACGAAGAUGUCUGCCCUCUUUGCAUCGAAGAAUUCGAUUUGUCCGACCGGAACUUCCGCCCUUGUCCCUGCGGCUACCAGGUCUGCCAAUUUUGCUUCAAUAACAUAAAAAAUAACAUGAAUGGCCUGUGUCCGGCAUGUCGACGACCUUACGACGAGAAGACCAUCCAGUGGAAAGUCGUGACACAAGAGGAGGUUGCCGAGUUCCGUGCAAAUAUACAAAAAAAUCAACGCAAGCGAGCUCAGGAACAGCGCCAGAAGGAGGUUCAGAAACGCGAAGCUGAGAAAGAGAAUCGCAAAAAUCUCAUCGGAGUACGUGUUGUGCAGAAGAAUCUCGUUUACAUUACUGGUCUAGCGCCUACUGUCCGCGAAGAUGAACUCCUUAAGACGCUUAGGAAGCCCGAGUUUUUUGGGCAGUACGGCGUUAUCCAAAAGAUUUCGAUUAGUAAUCGGAAAAGUUCGGAUGGUCAACACCACUCCUUGGGCAUCUACGUUACUUUUGAAAAACCCGAUGAAGCAACUAGGUGUAUUCAAGCUGUCCAUGGGUCACAAAACGGCGACCGGAUACUAAAAGCUCAAUAUGGAACGACGAAAUACUGUUCAGCAUGGCUCAAGAACGAGAAAUGCAACAACCCUGGCUGCAUGUUCUUACAUGAACAGGGCGAUGAGGAGGACAGCUAUACUCGCCAAGAUUUGUCAUCCAUGAAUAGCAUCCACACACAGCGGCCGCUACCUGGCGGAAACAACAGCUCUUUCCGCACAACCCCUCGACAGCAAGCCUCGCAGCCAACCCUGACAGCCAUUUCGCAGACCAUGGCGCGUUCUUCAAGCAAAGAUGGCUCGGAUUACGGAUUAGAUGGUUCUGCUUUACCUUCUUCAGCCAAUUGGGCCCGAAACCCCCAGCGCAGCCGGCGAGGUAGCCAUGCAACGAGCGGCACUCCAUCCAGCCCCGCUAUUUCAGCCUCGUUGCCUACUACAACAGAAGUUGCUCAAGAAGCUGUGGAGGAUACCGAAUCUCCUCCAUCUACCCAACCUCCGGAAGAUGAUAAAAUCUCAAAUCAAGAUCCUGCCGAAGAACCACAGCCGCCCCCAUCACAAGGCUCACUGGCGACCAUCCUACGGGCGUUGCAGAAUUGUACAUUUACGAGCUUCGUUACUCCGCAAUUCAACGAAUUGGAACCUCCAUUAUUCGAUAUUCGAGGAGGGAAAAAGCGAAAAGCCAUGCGUGAGGACGACGAUGCACGGAUUGGUGGUGACCAGAAGAACGCAACCGAAGGUCAAAUUCAGCCGGAAGGCGAGGCAGAGACAGGCGGCAGCCUUGCUCUUGGUGGUGAACCUGAAGAACGCGAUGUAAUCGGUGAUGGGCAGGGGUUUGAGCACCGGCAUAUCAACUCAUUUCCCCCCAUACAAAGAAACAAUGCCGAUACUCUCUUUGGUCCUGCUCUUAGUGGUUCAAACUUCAAUCCAGGUACAAGCCAGAUGGGUCGAGGAGUUGCCCCCCCGCAGUUAAUGUCACUGCGACCUCAAUCAGGGUUCAGCGAUCAGGUCCCUUCGGGCCUAUCUAGCCAGGCUACGUUCCAAAAUCAAGGUCAUAAUCGUCAAUCAUCCCGGUUCGGCUUUAUGGCUGACAGCCCGCCAGCAGCAACAAAUCUCAAAUUUGCCACGAAUCAAAGAAUCAUGGGCCAGCAAUCAUCCAUGGUAUCUAACUCGUUGCAAUCCUCAGGUAGCAGCCACUUUUUUGGCAGCUCCAUGCCAGCGCCACCGCCAGGACUCAAGUCCACAAAUACACCGCCAAAUAUUUUUGGUCAAGGAUUUGGCGGCUCGGCAUUUGGCCCUACAACGAAAGACGCACCUGGCGACUUAUUACAGAGUUUAAUUAGUAGGAGCCGAGGCGGUGGUAACCAGCCUCAUGAUGGUGGAAAGCGUGAGUACAUGAUCUCUUCUUUUUCUAAUCAGUAUCCACCACCCUCAACCUCUACCCCAGCUCCUACUUCUGGCCUUUUGGCAUCGCUCUACGGUAACCACCCCGGAGCAUUCCAAGACUUUGGCUCGAAGCAGAAGAAAAAGGGGAAGAAGCAUAGACAUGCUAACACUUCCUCCUCGGGGGGGAGUGGUCUAGUGGAUCUUGCGGACCCGAGUAUACUGCAGGCGAGGAUGCAGCACCAAUCGCAAAGCAACACCGGAGUCAACCAGGGAGUUUUCAGCGGUCAGAGCCAAGACCAUGAUCUUAGUUUACUGGACGAGGCAGAAUUAUCAGUGGAUGCACUGGUCUCAGAUGAGUCCUUACCGGCCCUGGUAUCAUCUCCAUCAACCACCAACGCCCGUCGUCUGGCUUCUUCCUUGGACAACCUGGAUCCCCUCAAUCACUCGACUCCUAAAGGUGUACUGAUGCAGGGACAGUCACAACGUUUGAACUUGAUUCCAAGCUCACCUCGCAUUUCAACUUUUGGGUCUAUUUAUGACCCAAUCUCGUCUAUCCAGACACCUUCAAAAAUGGAUGGUACCGACAACCAUGAGGUCGACAUCCACACCAAGCCUCAUGCAGCAAAGGACUCUUCUCAUGUUGCGAUGCUCGGACCUUGGCCGACUUCUGCUAGAGGAUCUAUACUUCAAGAAGAGGAUUUCCCUGCUUUAGGCGCGCCAAGGACAAAUGAAACUAUAAGCACCAACACUGGUUUGGUUACUCCUAAAACCAUAAUAUCGAAAACCAUAUCAACAAUGAAGAGGCAAAAUGAUAGAAUUUCCGAAACCGUGCAUGAAGAUCAUGGAGAUAUCAUCAACGCGGAUGAAUCUCAGCCUACACGAGGCGGCGACGCGAAAUCUCUCAGCUCCAUGGUUCAUGGUUUUGGAGCUAGUUUCAUCUCUCAACCCAAAGAAGAGGCUGCAAAAGUAGAUGAUUUGGCAGAGGCUUCCAGAUUCCCUCCCUUGCCUACUCCUGCCAUUAGCAGUGGAGUGGCCACGCCCCCGCGAAGUAUACCAAAAACCCUAAGAGUGGUUCCUUCAUCAAUCAAGACGGAGACACGCCCAGCUUCACCGUCUCCUCUUUCAGUCUCCAAUGUACCUGCAGUGGGAAAGCCGGGACAUUCCCACCGACCUGGCACACCAGCCAGCGAAAUGAUAAGUGAUACCGCCUCUGUUACCUCGUUUUCGGUUUCCAUUUCUCGGGCUGGAUCCCCUCCUCUAAGCAAAGUUGGCACCGCUCCAAUAAGAGGUACCACGAAGAGUCAGCAACGCAAACAGCGCAAAGAUGUGUUGAAGCAAGAAACAAAGACCUUGGCUGAAACACCCAAGACGGAAGAAGCUGAACAUGCUCCUGUCAUUGGACGCAAGAAAAAACAGAAGAAGGAAAAGCCCGCUAAAGAGGUUAAUGCCAUGCCUUCGGCAGCCAUUCCGACAGAAAUGUUGAAGGACGAAAAGGAACCCCUGUCUAAAGACGAUGGAAAGCCAUUGGCUGAUAGCAACAAUGAAGAAUCGAAAACAGACAGCAGAGGAUAUACAAACAAAGACAAGCAAGAUGCUAGGAACUCAGCGAAAGAGGUAAACGAAGCAACCGCUUCGUCGCCGACACCUUCAUUGUCCAGAGCAGCUGAACCUGCAGAUAAAACUGUUGAAAGACCACAGUCGAGCCCUGCAUCCGUUUUCGCCAAUAUCAGAGAGUCGCUCUGCACGUCUGCUCCAGAUAAACUGCAGCUGUUAAAGCCUGUUUCUAGCAAUUCAUCCAGGCCAGAGCAUAAUUCAUUAAACCAGCUAAGCAAAAGGGGAGAUUGCAAGGAUAGCACUUGCAGAUGUGGUGAGAUGCAAGAUGCUGAUCUCGCAGCACUACGAGCCGGAAGGCCUGUGCGUAAACAAUUUCAUACUGAUGGCAGCCGCAUGCUAAUCACCCCUCAUGGAGAUUGCAUCCGUGGGUUGACACCGGAAGAAGAGGAUACCUUUUUGGCCCUCCAAACUGCAAUUGCUGCAACGGCAGAGAAUCCUGCUGCGUUCGUGGCACCAAGGCAUCAGCCAAGCAGCGGAGCCUUCUCGCUCAUUAAGGGCCGAGCAGUUCCAAACGGGCGACCGAACAUUUUCCCCUCUACCGUGCAGCCACAAUCUCAGGAUCCCAUUGGCAAGCUUCAACGAGAGGAUGCAUUAAGUUAUAUCAAUCAGUAUGUGCUACCUCGGCUAAGCCUUGGGGCUACCAGCAUGGGAUUCCCAAAGGGGGCAUCUUCCACUCGGGACUCGGCGAGCCUCAAUUCUCUCGCGCCAUAUUUUUACGGCCCGGAUGCUGCCGCCGGAGUGGGCAUCUACAGUACACCAGAAAGCGCUCGAGCGAUACAGGAUUUUGCUGCGCCGGGCAUGUCACUUGACGAGAUUGGUAAAGGCGCGGCGGCCAGUUCGAUCGGCAAUAUGCCCCUGAUGAGUGUUGAGGAUGCCGAGGCAGCGUUAACAGCAGCAAAGCGAGAGACGGAGAAGCUUGAAAAAGGCUUGAACCUUGUUAUUAAGCGGAACCGUAGACUUCUACUUGGUGCCUGA